AUGCCUAGGGGCUUCCUGGUAAAGAGAACUAAACGGACGGGCGGCUCUUACCGAGUGCGCCUAGCCGAGCGGGUCUUCCCGCUUCUGGAACCCCCCGGGGUGCCGCCCUUUCCCGAGGAGGCUUCCAGUGCCCCUCAGCCAGGUGUGGAGCGGGAGGCACCCCCAACUCUGGAGGAGGAGGCGGCCCGUGAAUUGUCAGGGUCGUCCUGUCGGGCGGCUAGGGUGAGCCCAGCGGCGGGCGGGCGGGAAGGUGUGGAGUGGCGGGCGGAUGGUAGGGAGGGUCCGGGGCCCAGCCCCAGCCCCACGAAGCCGGCAGGCGUGGAACUGCGUCGGGCGUUCCUGGAGCGCUGCCUCAGCUCACCCGUCUCUGCUGAGUCCUUCCCCGGGGGCGGUGCCGCCGUGGCCUCUUUCUCCUGCUCCGUGGCACCAGCAGCUGCACCGACCUCAGGGGAGCAGUUCCUGCUGCCGCUCCGGGCACCAUUCCCGGAGCCCGCGCUCCAUCCGGACCCCGCGCCCCUUAAGCGGGCCACCGGCGGCGAGCGCCGCGCCAAGGCUCCUUCGGGCUGCGCAUCUGGGCCCGCGGCCGCCGGAGUCAAGAAGCCAAAGGCCAUGAGGAAGUUGAGCUUCGCCGAUGAAGUCACCACGUCCCCUGUUCUGGGCCUGAAGAUCAAGGAGGAGGAGCCCGGGGCGCCGUCCCGGGGCCCCGGGGGCAGCCGCACGCCGCUGGGGGAGUUCAUCUGCCAGCUAUGCAAGGAGCAGUACGCAGACCCCUUCGCGCUGGCUCAGCACCGCUGCUCCCGCAUCGUGCGCGUCGAGUACCGCUGUCCCGAGUGCGACAAGGUCUUCAGCUGCCCUGCGAACCUCGCCUCCCAUCGUCGCUGGCACAAACCGCGUCCCGCAGCGGCCAAUGCAGCCACGAUCUCCUCGGCCGACGGGAAGCUGCCCCCAUCGUCGUCCUCCCCGGAUUCCAGGACUGUCGCAUGUUUCCUGGCCGAGGGGAAGGAGAACAGCCGGGCGGAGCGAACUGCAGAUCAGCACCCGCGGGCCAGGGACAGCUCCGGGGAGGAGCAGCACCAGGACAGCGCCCCGCAGCCCGGCCUCCAGGUGCUGUCCCACCCCGAGCCUCCGCUCCCUUAUACCGUGGGGCUGUUGGGGCGCCGGGUGCCUGAGCCCAGCAGUGCUAGUGGUGUCGGGGGACCCGAGAUCUUCGUGUGCCCAUAUUGCCACAAAAAGUUCCGUCGCCAAGCCUAUCUGCGCAAGCACCUGGGCACUCACGAGGCGGGCUCGGCCCGCGCGCUCGGGGCCGGCUUUGGCUCGGAACGCGGCGGCCCCCUGGCCUUCGCUUGCCCGCUGUGCGGGGCACACUUCCCGUCGGCAGACAUCAGGGACAAACACCGGCUGUGGCAUGCGGUCCGCGACGAGCUGCUCCUUCCCGCUCUGGCCGGGGCGCCUCCCGAUGCACCGAACCCAGGCGGGGCAUCCGACGGGAGUGCUCAGCAGAUUUUCUCGUGCAAGCACUGCCCGUCCACUUUUUUUAGCUCCCCGGGGCUGACCCGACACAUCAAUAAGUGCCACCCCUCAGAAAGUCGGCAGGUACUGCUGCUGCAGAUGCCGCUGCGGCCGGGCUGUUGA